ACAACAGCCGGCAGUUUUAGUUGUUCCGCCGCUGAGCGAGCGAGCGUCCAAAUCGAUGCAUGCGAUUCAAGUGCCCGCCGGAGGUUCCCCGCUCCCCGCCGCCGCCACCUCCUACAUACCCUGCGUGACCUUUGCCCCGGGCCAGAAUGAAUCCGGCAUGGCGGAGCAGCGGAUAGGCACGCUCGUGGCGGAGCGGACAGCCCAGCGGCGCCUCUUCUACGGCAUCGAGCUGCUGGCCAGCGGACCUGGUGGCCGGCCAACCUGCCUGGACUUCCAUCACUUCCUGCCGCUGCUGCCCACCUUCGUGAGCGUCGUCUGGCUGGGCCAGCGUUACUGGGACGUGGAGCCAGUGGGUCAGGUGGAGAGCCUACAGCUGGCCCAGCACCUGGCCACACGCAUUCCCGUGCUGCCACACGUGUCCGCCUAUCGCAUGAGCAGGCAGCGAUUGGAUCAGUUUCUGGAACUCAACUUUAGCAGUGUGCUGGCGGUGCGUGGGGAUCAGGUGCACGAGGAGCAGGAAUUCCUGAUUAGCCAGCCCAUGGUGGAGCAGUCGAGGCGCCAGCGAGGUGAAAACAUUUCAGUCUGUGUGCCUGGCUAUCCAGAGGGAUACACGAGUUUAGGCGACAUGCCCCAAAAUGCAGCUAAGAACAUGCAGUUUCUGAAAGCCAAAAUUGAUGCUGGAGCGGAUUGCAUUAUCACGCAGAUUUGCUACCGACCCGAGGUCAUAGUGCAGUUUGUGAAGGACUGUCGAGCAGCUGGCAUCGCGGUGCCCAUUGUUGUGGGCCUGAUGUCACAUGAAUCCUUUCGCUCCUACUCGAUGAUCGAGCAAAUAGCCGGCGUCCAGCUGCCGGAUGAUUUGCGAGCGGAACUCGAUCAGCUGCACAGUGCGCAUGUGAAGGAUAUGAAGUCUGGCCAGGAUCUGAUAAGAAGGUUCUUUGUUGGCCUCACAGUCCGCACUGUGCGUCAUGUUUUGGAUGCCGAUGUGGGGAUCUGGGGCUUCCACUUCUUCACACUCAACCGCUUCAAGCCCGUUCAAGCUGUGCUUCAGGAACUGCGAGAUCUGAAUCUGUUAAAGGAUUCUGAAAAGGAAUAAGAAAGGCUAGAAAGAGUGAUCAUAUGUCCGCAGCUCACAAUAAUAAAUUUGCAAAAUAUUUGGGACUCCA